CGAUGGAAUAGUAUUUUUUUUCGCUCUUACAAACGGUUUGACAUUCAGUCGCGACGGACCACGAGCGCGCGCUCAAACGAGAACGGAAAUAAAACGUACAAAACGCGUACAUUAAUUGAAGCCAUUAAUACCUCCUAUUGUCGAUACCGAAUUCGAACACACGAUUGUAUUACAAUCGGUGCAGUUGUGAAUUUUUUUUCGAAAAUUUUUUCUGUACAUUUCAUUCACAAUUUCUCACCCACGCGAUUUAGUCGCGAAACGUCUUGUCGUCUCAUUGCGUCGGUAAAAUUUGAGUAGUUAGGUUCGGUUUGACGCGUGUAAUAAAAUAUUUAAUAGUAUAGUGUCUGUUUUACGUGAUUAAUAGGGUUUGACUGUGGAAGUUAACAUAUUAUAUCGUAAUAUUCAUCUACAGGUGAUCAUAAAUACAUUCAACGGGGAUGUCAUCAGAAAAACGAAAGUUAUUGGAAUUUUUUUUUCAUUUUUGACGUUCGAUAAAUGGCUUCAGAGAUAAUACCAUUAGAACAUAACAAUAUUAAAAAUGAAAUGCGAUUUUCGAGGAAUAAACGUUUUAACGUAUUUCAUAUGCCUCUCUUUUAUACCAGUAUCACUGUGCCUUAUGCAGAACGUAUUAAAUCUAAAUUACUGGCAAUGUGUGAUGAAAAGAACGGAUCAAUGUCCAGACAUGGAUAUAAAAAUAUUUUUGUAUUCCAGCGGUGCUAAACGAAAAAAAUUAAUCGAUGUUCGAAACAAGAACACACUCCGGUACAGCGGUUGGGAUCCUAGCAAAAAAAACGUCAUCAUUAUUCAUGGUUUUAACGGAACAGAAAGCAAGACCCCGAUGACAAUCAUCAGAAAUGCGUACCUAAACCGAAAGGACUACAAUGUGUUUACUGUGGACUGGGAACCGCUGACGUUUUUCCCGUGUUAUCUGUCCUCGCUGAGCAACACCAGGCUGGUAGCCCAAUGUACGGCUCAAUUCUACGCCCAUCUCACCUAUUCUGGAGCAUCGGCGUACGAUAUACAUUGUGUCGGCCACAGUCUCGGGGCCCACAUAUGUGGCAUGAUAAGCAACCACCUGACACACAGACAGCACAAGAUCAUAGGUCUCGAUCCGGCCAGACCAUUGGUCGAUAGAUACGGUUCGGCCGAGUUCCGGUUAACCAGGGACGAUGCGACCAUGGUGCAGGUGAUACACACAAACGCGGGAUUCCUCGGUGAAGCUCCUCAAGUUGGGCACGUCGACUUUUGCGUGAACGGUGGCCGCCUUCAACCAAGCUGCGCCAAGGAGCCCAGAAAUAUCCGUAAUAAUUAUUGCUCGUCGCCAGUCUGGCGGAACGAUCCAUUAGCACAACUAAGAUGUAGAUUGCGGAUACCUGUUGGACGGCGAAGUAUAGUAGUGACCGACGGCCGGGCCCGGUGCAGUCACUUCCUGAGCGCUUGUUUCUUCGCGGCUUCCGUCUCGGAACGGGGUAAGCGCCACCAAGGCAUACCCUGUACGUCCACCUGUGAACCGCUGUCCAGGACCUUUGUCAAAGACGUGCCCGUGUCCAUGGGAUUCCACACUCCGGACAAUGCUCGAGGAACGUACUGCAUUCAAAUGCGUAAUAGUAAAGCGUGUCCAUUCGAUUAGACCGGAACCUCCAACGGGAGGUGCGUUCGGAGAAGCCGAGAAAACGAGAAGAUAAAUAAUACAAGUAAACACGAAAAAAUUACGAGUCAGAAGAAACGAAAAAUCCGAAAUAAACCAAAGAUUUUUUUAUGUGCGAACUGGUUACCGUAGUUAAAUAUAACGCACCGUUUCUUUAUAAUAUUAUUAUGUACCUAUAAUAACUUGUACAAUAUGUCAUAUAAUUAUUAUUAACGUAUGAUACAAUGACGAAUUCUGCUAUAUAAAUAAAUUAACUGUCAUCAUCAUAA